UUGUUGAUUGGGCGUCUUCAUCUACAUCGGUGAAGUUCAGUGUUUUGUAUUCCUCUAAAUCCAGCGGACUAUUCUUAUUGGUAGGUGAAAACGUUACAUCACAAUGAUUAUGACGCGCCGUCUUCCUGUUUCCUUCAGUUGAGUCUUAAAGUGAAUCUUGUUGGUGUGAGUGCGCUCCAGCCUCGUACUGUUGGUGUUCGCUGAGACGUACAAUUUCCAUCUAGAGAGAGGAGCGGCGCACAAGAGCUCUCUUUCUCAAACACUCUCUCCUCGCUCUCGCUUCUCCUGAGAAAAUACAAUACUCAUCUCGGGGCGAACAGCCCUCUCUGCUCUCUGCUGCACUAUUGCAAAGAAGCUCAAUUCGCUGUUAUCUCCAGAACUUACAGGGUUCCCAAGCUGUGUCCAGUUGACAGGCUUUUAAAGAUGGCACAGUAACAGUCCAGUGAUGCCUGACCAUGACAGCACAGCCCUCUUAAGCAGACAAACCAAGAGAAGAAGAGUUGACAUUGGAGUGAAAAGGACUGUAACAGCAGCAUCUGUGGCUUUCGCUCGAUCAAAAGCAAGCAUUUUCAGUGCCAUGAAUCCCCACGGAUCUGAACAGGAUGUUGAGUGUUCUGUGGUACAACACGCAGACAGCGAGAAGUCCAAUGUGCUUCGCAAGUUACUGAAAAGGGCAAACUCCUAUGAAGAUGCCAUGAUGCCCUUUCCUGGGGCCACCAUCAUCUCACAGCUGCUGAAAAGUAAUCUAACCAAAAAUGGAGUCAGUGAGCCCACCUUCCAGAGCAGUGGCCUGUCCAGCACUGGCUCAGAGAUGCACCAGGAGGAUGCCUGCAGCACGUCGUCUCGGGGUAGCCCUCCGGAGUGCCUGUCUCCCUUCAGCAGGCCCUCCAUGGCACAAUUUGACAUUGAUCGGUUGACAGAUGAGCACCUGAGAGCAAAACGUGCCCGGGUGGAGAACAUCAUUCGUGGGAUGAGCCACUCUCCCAGUGUCACACUCCGCACAGGUGAAAAUGAGCGUGAGGGGGCAGCCCAGCCCCCAAGCCCUCGCGAGGGCUACAGAGAAAACAAGCGCAAGCAGAAACUGCCCCAGCAGCAGCAGCAGAGUUUUCAGCAGUUCGUCUCUGCUCGCAAAGAGCAGAAGCAAGAAGAGCGCCGGCAACUCAAACUGCAGCUGGAGGACAUGCAGAAACAACUCCGCCAGCUACAGGAGAAGUUUUAUCAGAUAUAUGACAGCACUGACUCUGAGAACGAUGAAGAUGGGAACCUCUCAGAGGACAGCCUGCAUUCUGAUGGAAUGGACAUUCGUGUCUCUGAUCCAGCUCCUGACCGCUCAGACAAUGAGAUGUCUGAUCUGGAUCCGGGACACUUCUUGGACCGAGCUCGAGCACUCAUUCGUGAGCAGACCGUGCUGACAGGGGGGGAGAAACCCAAGCGAGAUGGCUCCAGGGGAAAGGCUCAUGGACCAACGUCAAUGCAUGCAGAAGGAAAACAGCUAGCAGAGACACUGAAACAGGAGCUGAACACAGCCAUGUCCCAGGUAGUGGACACAGUGGUAAAAGUCUUUGCAAAACCUCCACGUCCUCUUCCACAGGUCUUCACCCCUGUGCAGACACCCUCAGACCGCUUCACAGUCAAUGGUGAGAACCCCAACUUCCACACCACUAACCCGCGUUUGCAAUGUUUUGGCGAUGUCAUCAUUCCUAAUCCUCUUGACUCUUUUGGCGCCAUGCAAGUGCCCAACUCAAAUGACCAAACAGAGGCCCUGCCACUGGUAGUAAGAAAGAACUCUGCAGACCAUACUGGCACUCUGCCCACGCCUGGGGGUCACCACGCUGCUCUGCACCCAUCACCGUUAUCCACAACUAUUGGCUUCAGCCCUCCCUCCUUCCGCCAUCCUUUCCCCCUUCCUCUCAUGGGGUACCCUUUCCAAAACCCUUUAGCUGCCCCAACUGGGCCUUAUUCAGGCAAGGACAGAUCUUCUCCUGAGUCCCUGGACCUCUCCAGAGAGACUACCAGCCUACGGACCAAGAUGUCCUCCAACCACCUCAGCACCCAUCGCUCCAUUUCCCCAACACACAACCCUGAAAGUCUUUCUCUAUCGCUCAUCAAGUCUGAAUGUGGUGACCUCCAAGAUAUGUCUGACAUCUCUCCAUAUUCAGGAAGUACAAUCCAAGAAGGGCUCUCUCCCAACCAUCUAAAGAAAGCCAAGCUGAUGUUCUUCUACACCCGCUACCCUAGCUCCAACAUGCUGAAGAUGUUUUUCUCCGAUGUGAAGUUCAACCGUUGCAUUACGUCUCAGCUGAUCAAGUGGUUUAGCAACUUCCGUGAGUUCUACUACAUCCAGAUGGAAAAGUUUGCCCGCCAGGCCAUCAACGAUGGUGUGACUGGAGCAGAGGAACUAAUGGUCAGUCGAGACUGUGAGCUGUAUCGCGCCCUCAACAUGCACUACAAUAAGGCCAACGAUUUUGAGCAGGUUCCGGAGCGAUUCCUGGAAGUGGCGCAGAUCACGUUACGGGAGUUUUUCAAUGCCAUUGUGGCAGGCAAAGAUGUUGAUCCUUCCUGGAAGAAGGCCAUAUACAAGGUCAUCUGCAAGCUGGACAGUGAGGUUCCAGAGAUUUUCAAAUCUCCUAACUGCCUGCAGGAGCUUCUGCACGAGUAGUAAUUGGUAUUGAAUACCAGUUUCUCAUCCUCUCUCUGCCUCAGAUCUGUAUGAAGAUUAAGGUAGCAUUUAUAUUUUCAAGCCCCAGCUACUGUUAAUGUUUUGUGCUUUUCUUUUAAGAAAAAAAGUCUCUUUUUUGACUGUUUAAUCUUUACUCAACCCCUUUUACUGCCUUUAAAUGGGCAUUAUUAUAUUUACCAUAAGAUGGUAACUAAUGGAACCGAUUCCACAGAUAUUUUCUUCUUCUUUGGUCAUUUUGUUGAGGACUUGUUUCAUGGCAGGAUGUUUGUAAUGUGUGAUUACAAUUUCUCAAUAAGACUUACAUUUUUAGUGUGUAUAGAUGUAAUUAUUAUUUAUGAUUAAUAUAAUUAUUACCAAUAAUGUUAUUAAUGCUUGAAAAAAAGACUCGUGGUAUUCUUGUUUCUCAUGGCAAUGCUACAUAAAAUAAAUUAUUCUUUGAACAAAAAUAUUAAGAGGGUAUACCUUUUCUAGUUACAUAUAUUUUGUCUGUUCAUUCUUCAGCUUUGGCUGGGGUCCAGUUUUCUUGUGUUUUGCGUCCACUUUGAUAAUGCUGGUUCUGGGGAGGGUACAGCCUCUCCUGUAACUAAGCAACAUGGCCAUUUCAUAGUGGGGCAAGGCAGUUUAGCACAAAAAAGAUGGACGCCUUCCCACUGAGAAACCAUUUUUGUUCAUAAAAAGAGUGAUGUCACAAUUGCUCAUGUGAACACACACGCAUGAACAUACUAUGCUCAUGCAUAGACUAUUACAGAAGUACAAACAUACAAAAAGUCAAACAGACUUUGAAACUCAAAAUAAGGGAAUCAUUGUUAAUUUACUUGUUCAUUUACAAUUACUUAAACAAUAUAGAUCUAAGAAGUUUAGGAGCAACCACAAAAAUGUAGGAUGGUUUUUAUUGAAAUAUUGUUAUUGUUUUUCAAUCAUUUUAUUUUAUUUCUUGCAUGUGUUUUAUAUGACUAAUAUUUACAAGAAUCAUAUUAUUUAUAUAUGUAAAGGAAUAGGAAAGGAGUUUGUGAUUUUAAAGUAAACCUAUGCUCCCCAAUGGUUAUAAGAGAUGAAAUGGAACUUUAAAACAAAAGCAUGUACACUGCUGCAUCAUCAAAGUAAGCUACAAAAGAAUGUAGAAUUUGUUGUAUAAAGUUUUUGUAGUGAUGACCAAGGAAAGUUACAGGAAUUUAUAGAAAUCUGGAGAGAGAGGUUCUAUAUUGUUUCAAGAUAAAAGGGCCUUAAUUUCUAGAUCAUAACUGGAAAGGCUUGAAAGGCAAAAUUCCAGACAUGAUUUCCCUGAAAUGCUUUGCUCUGGACUAAACCAGAAAAUGAACUAGAAUGUACGCGUUCAGAUACUGUCAUCACAAAGCCUUAAAAAGUCUGCUGACUUCUAGGUGGAUGAGUACAUAGGGCGAUGCACUGUUCCAGGCUUCGCUCCAGUUACAGCCACUGGACCACACAUACAAUGAGUGCAGCAAAGUGCCCAGCUUUUCACUAUGCACUGAAAAGAAAAAAGAUGCAAAAAAAUUAAAGCUGAAAACUACACAGCUUCUCUUUCAUGCCUUUGAUUAGACCAUGUUAACGUGAGUUCACGAUAGCUUGUACAGGUCUUUGAUAUGUUGAGGGCAAAGCAACAACUAAAAUAAAAAAAUCUAAUAUCAAACAAGUAUUUGACACCAAAAUACACAAACUCACAGAAAGAGAGAGAGAGAAAUCAAAAUUUUAGGAGGUAUGGUAUUUAUGGAAAUUGAAAGUCUAUUACAAGUUUAAUACAUUGUAAUAAUUUUGGCCCAAAUAUGUGAUGCCACCGUAGAUGCGAUACGUUUUUUCAGUUGUAUCAACUGACCUAGUAUGUAGUUUGAGCUACUCCAAUGAUUACAACUUUUAGGUUUCAUGUAGUAAGUAGCAGAAGCAUCACAGUACAGCGUAGAAUGACAUCCCAAAUACAACGUCACAACACAUUAACAGUAUGUUCUCAAUCAAAAAAGAGUCUCGCCUUCACAGACAAUUUGCACCCUGUGCCUAGACUGAUAACACCAGCAAAUGUUUUCUUAGUUGGAUGUCUUUUUGAAAUAUCAUAUUUAGAUAUAUGUUAACAGUGUGUAUUGAAAUAAACAUAAACCUUUGGCUUUUCCUUAAAACAUCUGAAUAAAUUCUUAUUCUUUAGGUUUAUUGUAUUUUCAUAUUACUCUAAAAUGAGCCUAAUUUAAUUAUUGUUCACUUGUGACAACAAAACGUGUAAGAGUCAUAUAAGAGUCUUUUACAGUACAUUUAAUGAAGUUGAUUUUUUUUGUACUAAAGCACUAUAAAGGAGCACUGUUCUAUAAAAGCACACAUUAGUGUG